UUCAUCAAAUACAUAGAUCUAGCCUGCAUUCUACAUUAUCAACCAUUACUCAGGUUGUACAUGAUCAUCGGGAGUACUAUUGUUAAAGAAUACCUGAAAUAUUGGACUGUUUGGGAUAUGCCAGUUUAACAACUCAUAGAAUUUCAACAGAGCGGUAAAUAGGUUUCAUUUCAAGAAGACCUUACCUUCUGACCAAAGUUAGGAGCUAAAUGAACAACGACUGCAAAAAACAGUAAAACCGGAAGGUCGUUUUUUUCUGUGUCUCUUUUCCUCAGUUUUCGAGGGAAACAACUUACUCACUUGAUAAAUCACCGCCAUGGUAGCCUAGUGGUAGAGCGUCCGCUUCGAGUGCAGGAGGCCGUGGGUUCGAUCUCUGGCCGCGUCAUACCAAAGACGUAAAAAUGGUACUAAAUAUAGUAGCUUCCUCGCUUGCGCUCAGCAUUAAGAGGAUAGUGCUAGGACUGGUCAGCCGGGUUCACAUGAAACCCUUCCCAGAUGACUUCUAAACGGAACAAGAUCUUGAUUGGAGCUGCUGGCACUGUAGGAGCUGGAAUUAUUUCCUGGCGGGCGUUUUUUCCUUGGAUUGGGUAUGAUAUUGCGUCAAUGAAACGCGGGAUAAAAUUUGCAAAGUUAGCCAAGAGGGACAGUGAUAAUGGACGCUACCUUAUAGAUAUGUUUGAAGAAGCAGUUGCAAAGCAUCCUAAGAAACCAUUUGUAAUCUUCGAGGACAGAGUGUAUAGUUAUGAGUUUAUGAAUGACCAGGCAAACAGAGUGGCAAAUAUAGCGGCAAAAUGGGGACUGAAACUUGGGGAAUGUGUUGCUAUAAUGAUAGAAAAUGAACCGUCUUUCAUCUGGACAUUUCUUGGUUUACAGAAACUGGGUAUAGCAGUUGCAUUCAUUAACUACAACAUUAACGGUCAGCCGUUGGUACAUACACUACGGGCGUGUGAGGCGAAGGUCCUCAUUACUGGUUCAGCUGAUGCGAUAGUCCAUUCUGUGGCGGAGGUGAGACAGGAUAUCAGACACAUUCCAGUCUUUGUUCAUGGUCGUGAUCGUGGUGAAGGUUUUGAAUGCUGGGAUAGUUUGAUGCUCGAUACGCUUCCAAUACCCGUAUGUGCCAGUGUGAGACAAGGAAUGGGAGUGAAUUCUCCGUGUUGUUACAUCUUCACAUCGGGUACUACAGGUCUACCGAAACCUGUUAAUACCAAUCAAGGAAGAUGUAUUUUCAUAAGCAAAUCCAUGCAGCUCUUCGGUUUUAUGCCAUCGGACAUCGUUUACACAUGUACUCCAUUGUAUCACAGUGCCGCAGGGGCAUUGGGUCUGAUGAAUACAUUAGAUCAAGGUGCUACAAUGGUUUUGAAACGGAGAUUUUCUGCUCAUCAUUUCUUUGAAGAUGUUAGAAAGCACAAUGUGACAGUGAUACAGUAUAUAGGAGAGCUCUGUCGGUACCUUCUAUCAGUACCAGAGAGCAGCCUAGAUGGCAAGCAUAAAGUGAGAGUGGCUGUCGGAAAUGGAUUGAGAGCUGACAUAUGGGAUACCUUCAAACGAAGAUACAAUAUUCCAAAUAUUUGUGAAUUCUUUGGGGCAACUGAGGGAAUGGCUGGUUUCGUAAACGUUAGCAACAAGACUGGAUCCUGUGGUCGUUAUUCGCCUUUGUUGCGCAUGCUGGAUCCAUACAAGAAACUGCUCGUUAAAGUAGAUGUCGAUACAGGCGAUGUUGUAAGAGAUAAGAAUGGGCACUGUAUUCCCGUCAAAAUUGGUGAACCAGGCCUACUUCUUGUCACCAUGCCUGAGAUGAACGUGCAAGUCUAUAAAGGCAGUCGGGAAAUUAAUGAAAAGAAAUUGCUGAGAAAUGUACUUAAAGAAGGGGACUGUUACUUCAACCUUGGAGAUAUGUUGGUAUUGGAUGCGGACUACUUUCUUUACUUCAAGGAUAGGAUUGGAGAUACUUUCAGAUGGAAAGGAGAAAAUGUUUCAACCGUUGAGGUAUCCAGUGUUUUAAGCAAACUUGAUGUCAUACAAGACGCAAAUGUAUAUGGAGUGGAAAUACCAGGCACAGAAGGGCGAGCAGGUAUGGCAUCGAUUCAUCUGGAAGACAACAUUAGAUUCACACCGGAUGUACUAAAGGACAUUUUCCGUCAUGCAGCAGAGCAUUUACCACGUUAUGCCAGACCGAUGUUUUUGAGAUUUCCUAGGGAAGUGUCUUUAACAACAACACUUAAGCAACAGAAAACACAACUGCGAAAGGAAGGUUUUCAUCCACAAGAUAUAGACGACCCAUUGUUCUAUUAUGAUGAACAAAAUAAAACAUAUUCUCCUCUUACUGUUGAAACGUACGAUCAGUUUUUUACAAAGUCUAAGCUAUAGUUAUAAAGUAUUAAUGUUGACGGUUGUUAAUAUUGACAGAGGGUAUGUUUAAAAUGUGAAUGCUGACAGUAUUCAUUUUGUAACUGUUAUUGUUGAUUGUGUUAAUGUUGACGGAGUUAAUGUUGAAAUAUUAAUGUUGACAGAGUAAAUGCUUACAGAGGUUAUUAACAAGAUUGAAUUGAUGAUGACAGUGUUAAUGUUAAAAGUGUACGAUUUAAGGGAAAAGUUUUUCUCCGUCAUUUCCACAAAUACAGGUAGGGUAAAUGCACUUACGUGUUUGGUAAUCUCACAUAUUUUUCUGUGAAAUGUUUACCACAUAUGUACUACCGGAAGCACAACAUAUGAUUUUAAGCGGUGCCCAUUUGGGAAUACAAUGUCAUAUGUUGGACCCCCUCCGGGAGGGGUAUAUCAUCUCGAUCGGGAUAAAUAUGUAUGCACCGGUCGAUGUAACGGGGGUAACAUAAGAACAAUAGAAAAACAUAAAAGUUUUGAUACCUUGUUAUUAAGAAAGUGCUAAUUAAUGCUCAUACCAUCAUGAAAACUUUUUAAGAUACAUAUAUAAAAGUUCAGGAUUUGUUUACAAAACAGGUAAAAAACGGAUAAAAAUGUACACAGGCGCGUUUGUAUUGGUGAUAUAUAGGUAAAUGAAAUCAAAAAUAUAAACUAUAUAGAAUAUAAAUGUUAGCAAUUUUUUUAGAGAUACUGAAAAUGUUAAGUUCUUUCUGUUGUUCUUGUAUUUCAAUAUUCGCCGAUCCGACCGAGGUAAUAUACCCCGUUCAGGCGCGCGUCAAGACGCCACACAACGAAAUGUGCAAAAAAAACUGCGCGCACGCCAUCAAAACGGGGCCUCCGUGGCCGUGUGGUUAAAGUAAAUUACUUCAAAUCACUUGCUUCUCACUGAUGUGGGUGUUUUCUGAAUUCUGAAUUUUUUAUAUGUAGGCUUAUGGAAGGUCGGUGGUUCUACCAAAAGCCACUUCCACUUGUCAAAACACAAAAUUACAAGCUACAUUAUGAAAUUGUGUUAGCCACUUUUGAAAUAGGCCCCGAUUUUUAAAAUCUUCUCAGACAAUAGCUUCCCCUAGGAAGGCAGUUACAAGUCUGCAAGUGUCCUAGCCCUGGUUGGAAAGUCAGAAAUAAGCAGAGCAUUUAUAUACAGCUUUGUAUUUGCAAAAGUCAUAAUGUAUAGUUUAUAGGGACAUGCCUCAAUACGAAUGUACUUCUUUUAUUUUACUUUAGGGCCUCCGUGGCCGAGUGGUUAUGGUCAUUGACUUCAAAUCAUUUGCCCCUCAUCGAUGUGGGUUCAAGCCUCACUUGGGGCGUUGAAUUCUCCACGCGAGGAAGCCAUCCAGCUGGCUUACGGAAGGUCGGUGGUUCUACCCAGGUGCCCGCUCGUGAUGAAACGAUGCACGGAGGGGCGCCUGGGGUCUUCCUCCACCAUCAAAGCUGGAAACUCGCCAUAUGACCUAUUAUUGAGUCGGUGCGACGUUAAACCUAACAAAAUAAAUAAAUACAUUUCUUUUAUUUUAUCUUUGACAAUAGCUAGCUAUGGGUAAAAGUCUUUCUUGGAACAUACUACGAGAUGUACUUCUUUGUCAAAAAUUAGUGCAACUUUAUUUAG